CAGAAAGCAUGCAGACUGCCUGCAAGUCCUAACCAGCAUCUCUCCCCACACCACGAGACUGCAAUCUGCUUCUCACACAGGCGGGAUCUUGACUGUGUCCAUCCAGCACCAUGCCCAGGGCUCCUUAUCUGAUGGACCAGAUGCUACCGCUGCAUCUACCUGUACUGGACACCGGCAAAGACCAACAGGGCAUCUGACUUCAGAGACCAACCCAGCGGAUGCGCAGUUCCCUUCAGGAUGAACAACUGUCACUAUGAUAAACAAAUGGACUUUUUCUACAAUCAGAGCAAUGCGCAGACAGAAGACGACUGGUCGGGGGCCAAGCUGAUUUUGAUGUUCUGUUUCGGGGCCUGCUGCUGCUUGUUCAUAUUCAUCUCAAACAUGUUGGUCAUCGCGGCUGUGGUCAAGAACAAGCGCUUCCACUAUCCCUUCUACUACCUGCUGGCCAACCUAGCCGCCGCAGACUUCUUCUCUGGGAUCGCUUAUGUCUAUCUGAUGUUUCAUACGGGGCCAAUGUCAAGAACAUUAACCGUACACAAGUGGUUUCUGCGCCAGGGCCUCCUGGACACGAGCAUGUCGGCGUCACUGGCCAACCUUCUGGUCAUUGCUGUUGAGAGACAUAUCUCAAUUGUCCGGAUGAGAAUUCACAGCAACCUGACCAAACGGAGAGUGACUUGUCUCAUUUUGCUCAUCUGGGGUGUGGCCAUUUUUAUGGGUGCUGUCCCCACCUUGGGCUGGAAUUGCAUCUGUAACAUAACCACGUGUUCCUCUCUUGCACCCAUCUACAGCAGGAGCUACCUCACUUUUUGGACGGUCUCUAACCUGGCUGUUUUUCUAAUCAUGGUGGCGGCUUAUCUAAGGAUCUACACGUAUGUUCAAUACAAGACCAACGUGUUGUCUCCACACACAACUGGCUCUAUAAGUCGAAGACGGACUCCAAUAAAGUUGAUGAAGACGGUCAUGACUGUGUUAGGUGCUUUUGUUAUAUGCUGGACACCAGGGAUGGUUGUUCUUCUUCUUGAUGGCCUCAACUGCACUUCAUGUGGCCUACAGCCGUUCAAGCGGUGGUUUCUUCUCCUUGCCCUGAUGAAUUCUAUUAUGAAUCCCAUCAUCUACUCAUACAAGGAUGAUGAGAUGUGGAGGACCUUCAAGAGCAUGAUGUGCUGCUUCAGAUAUACAGGAAAACGACGUUCCUCCAGGUUUCCAUCAACGGUACAUAGCACAAAAAGUAACGAUACCUCCAGUUAUUACCUAGAAGACCUUGCAACUCAACUACCACCUGAAAAAGUACCCUAACAGUAUAACGAGAAGACCUGACACCGUGGCAUUACAUUCCUUGUGUUUUUCCCCUAUAUUUAUGUCAUAAUGUGUUAUGGAACAUAUACUAUGUAUAGUGUAAAGUAUCACAAAGGAACAAUAUAUGAGGACAAUAUGGAUGUAAAUAAAACAAUGUAGUUAGUGAAAAGGUUAGAAUUUUUUUUGUAUUUUCUCCCCCCUAAAGAUAUAGAUACUAUUUGUAUGUGUAUAUGUUUAAUCUCAGGUAGAGUACCUGUAUUUGUAUAUAGCUUAUUGUAGAAAGCAUGUCCCAAAUACUAAAUUAUAGAUGACACCUGCACUCCCAACAACCAUGGUUGUUCCUUGGAGGGCUUGCACAUCUAGUAAAUAGGAGGAGAUACCACAGCACUCCACACCACUCUAGCUGGAGCUCUUCAGCUUCCAGCAGUCAAACAGUCCUCCACAGACUCCUAUUUGCUAAUGAAGAUCUUAUUGACCAAAAUGUUAAUUUUUCUAAUCUCUUGCUUUAAGUUGACUGGACCCAACUGGAAUUUUGUUCAAAAAAGCAUUUGGGACAGAAUAACUUGUGCUGUGGUAUGUCCUGCUACUUGGUAGCGACUAGCAAGCAAAGGAUUGGCAAUAUGAGUUGAUAGAUUAGUGGUCAACCGACGAGAGGACCUUUGAGGACAUUAAAGAGAGGGGAUCCAGACCUAGUUUAUCGUAUCCCCUUUGGUACUGGGUGGAAAAACAAGUGUGCGACUUCCUCUCCAGUGGGGUAGAACAUUGGUCCAAGGAUCAAAAAAAGGACGUGCAGUAGGUAACAUAACCAACUUCUUCUGUCCUGGGUGGCAAAACCUAGCGCCAUAAUGGUAGGCCAUUUUGCUCUUUGCCUUGCACCUCCUCACUGCUGAGUCUCUCCGUUCUUCUAAUGUCUUGGUGAUUAGAAGUAAUUUUUACCCCACAUACAGUAUGUAAAGGUUUGGGACAUUGACAAUAAGUAACAGUGUAUGGAGCUAAUCUAGAGAUCAUGAGUAGCCAAGAACUCAUGUUGGUCCUUCAUCAAGGGUGGUGUAAAUUUUUACAGGGAUUCCCAUCUUCAUGGGCACCAACACGUUAGGAGAACUCAUGGGUUACACUACCCUACACGUCUACUAGAGAUGUAAAGGGGGUAGGCACAUGUUUGACCCCCAUGUCAUGGUACGGGGAUGUGAAUCAGCACUUGAAACGUAAAGAACUGAAUUAUUCAAUUUUUCCUUUUAAAUUCGAAUUGCUAAAUAUUAAUGUCUCAGCUUCCUGUUUAUCCCUGGUUGUAUAUAGACUAUAGGGCAGUAUAUAUACACUAAUGUACAAUAACUAAACCUUCUAAAGCCAUGUGACUGGAGGCAGGUUCUAAUCCUAUUUAUCACAUGUGUUUCUCCCUAUGUAAUAACACGACCGUGUGUGCUAAUAAUUGUACUGACCACCGAAAAAUAUCUAUCUUUAAUUUUCAUUUUCCCCUGGUUUUUAAUGGAAACCUAAAGGAUGUGCUUAUUCGUUUCUUUAUCUUUGUAUGGUUUAGAGCUUUUUUUCUUUUCUUUUGUAACAUAGUUCUAGAUCCCUUGCAUAGCUAUAGAGAUAACCCAUGGUCAGGAGGCUGAGAAGGGUCCAAAAAGUAAAAAAGAAAACUACACUCACCUGUCAAGAGGGCUUCAGGUCCAGCACCGAGUUUCUAUCUCCACCUCAUUCAGUACCUGCUUGAUCAGAAGUGUGAUGUGUCAUCUAUUUACAAGUUACUGGUGGCAGCCAAUCAGUGGCUUCACCGGUGACCUUAGUGUCAUUCUUGCACAGGUGAGGCCACUGAUCGGCCAGUAGUAUUGGGAGGCAUGUAGACGGCAUGUCACACUUCUGGUCCAGUAGAGACCGGAAGCCGUAGAAGAUAGGAGCUCGGCUUGUAGUGGUCGUAACAGGUGAAUCUUUUCUUUUUGGAUAACUCCUUUAAAUGAUAAAAUGUUGUAUGUCUACAGCCACCACUAGAGGGCGAUCUUUGGGGGGGGGGAAUAAGAACAGCAGCAAAUGAUAUAAAAUAAAAUAAAUUAACAAAACAAUAAAAGCUCUACUCACCUCUCCAAUCCCAUACCGAUGCCCUUCAGUCUUUGUUUACAAGAUAGAAUUUUACCAUCUAUCUCAGUGUUAAGUAUAUGGACCUGACUUCUCCAAACCUAUAUUAAAAAACUCUGGGUCAUGAUUGGAAAAAAAUUCUGAAUAAAAAAAAAAGUAAGUAGCUAUAUAGCAAAACCUAUUUUAUAAAAUGAUGUUUCAUCAUCACCGCCAAAUCACCUGCCUACCAGAUAUCUUCUUUAUCCACAUUUCAUUGGCAGAGCAUACCAAAUGUUGAUGCUGCACUGUAUAUCUCUGCCAUUGGUUUGCUGGUCAGAUCAGGACGU